UACAUGUUUAUGACAAAAGCAAUUUUACCAUAAGCUCUUCUGUAUAAGUAGUGCCAAACAAUUCUUUAAUCAUUUCGGGCCGAGGCCCACUUUUUAAAAUUAUUAAACACAAGCCCAUUUUGUUCUUCACCAUUUUUUGGUGAAAAGCCCAUCAACCAACAAAAACCCUACUAUAAACCACCGAAGAGCAAAACCGCCUCGUUGCCGCCGAGAGAGAUACACACAGACAGCGGGAGAGGAAGAGAGAGAGCCGGAGAAGAUGCAGAUCUUCGUGAAAACCCUAACAGGGAAGACUAUCACCCUCGAGGUGGAGUCUAGCGACACCAUCGACAACGUCAAGGCCAAGAUCCAGGACAAGGAAGGUAUUCCCCCGGAUCAGCAGAGGCUCAUUUUUGCCGGGAAGCAGCUUGAGGAUGGCCGUACUCUCGCCGACUACAACAUCCAGAAAGAAUCAACUCUGCAUUUGGUUCUGAGGCUUCGUGGUGGGAUUAUUGAGCCGUCUCUCAUGGCAUUGGCUAGGAAAUACAACCAGGAAAAGAUGAUCUGCCGCAAGUGCUAUGCCCGCCUGCACCCCCGUGCAGUUAACUGCAGGAAGAAGAAGUGUGGACACAGCAACCAGCUGAGGCCAAAGAAGAAGAUCAAGUAGACUGGGAAUCGAGACAGGGGAACGUCAAGUCUUUUUCCGGUCAUUUAGGUCUUGGGCCGUUUCUUUUAAAACUUGGUUAGAACUUAUUAUGAGAAAUGACUUUCAUUAAGUUUGAAUCUCUCUAUAUCGAGUCGUUGACAUGGCUAAUGCAUACUUUGAUUUUUGUUUGUUGAAUGAAAGAUGGAUUAGUGUAUGAAUA